UUCUGAGUUUGACAGAAACCAUCUUUCUACUAUCUCUUGUCAGAUAUCAAAUGUGUGUUUUGUCCUUGACUUUAGUUCUUUCUUGCAGGAACUCACACCGACAGGAACCCUCCGUCCAAACAAAGAAACCUUUGCAGGACUGUCAGCACUUCUCUGGGAGUUCUCUGUUUGUUACUGCUGAUCUGGUUCGGCGUUCUGCUAAAACUCUACAUCGCCGCCGUUGUGAACGAAAAGCAGCUGGAGACAGAGUUGGAGGAAACGAAAAAAGCUCUGGAUGAGAUGAGACACGGUUACUGCUUGAUUAAAGAGACUGGCCAGGAGCAAAACAAAAUAACAAGGUGGACGCGAUCUGGAUGCUUCUGUUUCUAUGUUUCGGCGGAGAAGAAAAACUGGACAGAAAGCAGAGAUGACUGCAAGAGGAGAAACAGCACUCUGGCUAUCAUAAAUAAACCACCAAAGCAAGAUUUUGUCAGUAAACUGGAAAGAUUUGGAGAAUCCUGGAUCGGUCUAAUGGGAGUAAAGGGCUGGAAAUAUGAGUGGAAAUGGGUCGAUGAAUCCCCAAUGCAACAUCAUGGCUGGAAAACAAAUGUAAACGCAUUCCCCGGAGUGGAAUCCAAGGCGUUCAUUGACCUUCAGGGACACUGGGAUCACGCCCAAAACGGAUCCAAACACUGGAUCUGCGAGAAGCUCAUCUGCUGAGUCCUCUUUAGAAGCAUUGAAAACAACGAUUAAAACAAACCAAAUCAUAAAACAAAACUGAAACAAUGUUACAGCUUAAAGGAUCUUCUUGAGAAAAAAGUAAAAAUAUAUAUAUAUAUUUUCUAUUUUAAAACGAUUUCAUACUAAAUCCAACCCUAAUUUGUUUAAAUGAAUAUAACAUAACUUGUUUCAAUAGAACUGAACUGAUUUUUGUGCAUGUUUGUUCACAAUAAAAGACAAAAGUGUCAGAAAUUAUCGCUGUUUUAAUCCUGUUAAACAGAACAAAAAAUAUGUUGAUCAUAGAUCUUGAACGCAUCACAACUUUUUUUUAUCACUCUUUUUAAAAAAGCUUCAUUACCAGUAGCCACCUAAAAUUAUUAUAUACACAAAUAUUUACAAAAUGUCGUUUUU